UACAAAACCAAAUUCCCUAUAAAAAAAAUUACAUAACCUCACUUAUAAGGAUUAUUCACAGAACGGAUUAUUUAACCUCAAAAAAUAAAAACGUGUUUGUGUUUUUGUAAAAAUGGUGCGUAAAAAAAUUGAUAAUAGGAUUCGAGUGUUGAUUGAGAAUGGUGUCAAGCUGGGACAUCGGACAUUAUUUGCUAUAGUUGGGGAUAAAGGCCGGGAUCAGGUGGUGAUUCUUCACCACAUGCUUGCGAAAGCUGAAGUCAAGGCUCGUCCAUCUGUUUUGUGGUGUUAUAAAAAGGAGUUAGGGUUUAGUAGUCAUCGAAAAAAGCGCAUGAAACAACUCCAACACAAAAUACAAACCGGCAAACUUAACAUCAAUGAGGAUGACCCCUUUGAACUUUUCCUCUCCUCUACUAAAAUCCGCUACUGUUACUACUCUGAAACUCACAAAAUUUUGGGCAACACGUAUGGAAUGUGCGUCCUCCAAGAUUUUGAAGCCUUGACCCCCAAUCUUCUAGCUCGGACUAUUGAAACGGUUGAAGGGGGCGGCUUAGUAGUCAUUUUAUUACGCUCAGUGACAUCUUUAAAACAAUUAUACACUAUGAGCAUGGACGUCCACCAACGCUUCCGGACGGAAGCCCACCAAGACAUCGUUUGCCGUUUCAACGAACGUUUCCUCCUAUCUCUAGCCUCCUGCAAACGCUGCCUUGUCGUCGAUGACCAACUCUCAGUCCUCCCAAUCUCCUCACACAACCUCCACGUGACCCCAGUUGAGCCAUCACAAGACGCCUUGCCUUCUGAAAGCGAAUUAACUGACCUCAAAAACCAACUCAGAGACACUCAACCCGUCGGUAAUUUAAUCAACUGUUGCAAGACCCUCGACCAAGCUAAGGCGCUUUUGAAAUUUAUUGAAGCGAUUUCGGAGAAGUCACUUCGGUCAACGGUGUCUCUAACCGCGGCGAGGGGGCGCGGAAAAUCAGCCGCUCUAGGGCUCUCGGUAGCCGCAGCGGUGGCAUUUGGAUACUCGAAUAUAUUCGUAACGAGUCCUAGCCCGGAGAAUUUAAACACGUUUUUCGAAUUUGUUUUUAAAGGUUUUGAUGCAUUGGAAUAUCAAGAACAUAUCGAUUACAGUCUAGUACAGAGCACGAAUCCUGAAUUUAAUAAAGCUAUAGUUCGUGUGAAUAUUUUUAGAGACCACAGACAGACAAUUCAGUACAUCCAACCGACUGAUAGUCAAAGGUUAAGCCAAGCCGAACUCCUAGUAAUCGACGAAGCAGCCGCAAUUCCUCUCCCAUAUGUCAAAUCAAUGUUAGGGCCGUAUUUAGUAUUUUUGGCCUCAACUAUCAACGGUUAUGAGGGCACCGGUCGCUCAUUAUCUUUAAAAUUAUUGCAACAAUUAAGAAUUCAAGCGGUUCCAGUGGGUGCCAAUACAAAUGCGGCAAAUAAGAAAGAUUCGGGGGCCGCCACCGGUCGUACCCUUCACGAGGUCGCUUUGGACGAAUCAAUUCGGUACAAACCCGGAGAUGACGUUGAAACGUGGCUCACUAAACUUUUAUGUCUCGACGCCACUUCAGUAGCCCCAAUUUUAUCGGGGUGUCCCCCGCCUGACUCCUGCGAUUUGUAUUACAUAAAUCGUGACACACUCUUUUGUUACCAUAAAGCAUCAGAGGAAUUUUUGCAACGACUUGUCGCACUUUACGUCGCUUCGCAUUAUAAAAACACUCCGAACGAUCUUCAAAUGAUGUCGGACGCCCCUGCCCAUCAUUUGUUUUGUCUCUUAGGCCCCGUUGAUCCCAACCGAAAAUCCCUCCCGGAAGUCCUAGUCAUAAUCCAAGUAUGCCUUGAAGGUGAAAUUUCAAAAUCCUCCGUUGUUGAGGGUUUUUCCCGAGGGAAAAGAGCGUCAGGAGAUUUAAUCCCUUGGACGGUGGGUCAGCAAUACCAAGAUCCGGACUUUCCACGACUAUCCGGGGCCCGUGUUGUCCGUAUUGCAACACAUCCGGACUACCAAGGGAUGGGUUACGGGGCGAAAGCCCUCAAUUUACUCAAACAGUACUACGAAUUUAAAAUCCCGAGUACCGACGAGUUUGAGGAUGUAGUAGAGGAGAUAAAUAAUGUGAGGGAGGAGGAAGUCGGCCUUCUGGAGGAAACAGUCGAGCCUAGGAAGAGUCUCCCGCCUCUGUUAACGAAACUAAGUGAUCGCAAACCGGAAAAAUUAGAUUAUUUAGGGGUUUCGUACGGUUUAACUGAACAAUUGUUGAAAUUUUGGAAGAGAGCUGGGUAUGUUCCGGUAUAUUUGAGGCAAACGACGAACGAUUUGACAGGGGAGCAUUCCUGUAUAAUGUUGAAUGUCCUGAAUGAUGAAGAAGGGGGCAAUGAUUGGUUAAUGGCGUAUUGGAGCGAUUUCAGGAGACGUUUUGUUAAUCUUUUAGGGUACCAGUUUAGUAAAUUUUCUCCAAGUCUUGCUUUGAGUGUUCUGACCAAUAAAACACGCAAAGUGGCACCCAAAAGUUUAUCUAGAGCCGAAUUAGAAAUACAUUUGACCAGUUAUGACAUAAAACGAUUAGAAAUGUACAGUAAUAACUUAGUUGAUUAUCAUUUAAUCAUCGACUUAUUGCCAACUUUAGCAAAAUUAUAUUUCCUGAACCAGAUGGGGGAUGUUCAAAUGUCAGCAGUGCAAUCAGCAAUUUUGUUAGGAAUUGGCCUCCAAUGCAAAACGGUUGAUACUCUGGCAGCCGAGCUAGAUUUGCCUUCAUCCCAACUUUUGGGUCUUUUUAACCGUAUGAUAAGACGAAUCGUCCAGUACUUAAAUUCAGUCCUAGAACAAGACAUUGAAAAGUCCCUAGCCCCCAGGAAAGACAUCGAAUUGACUCCAGUUGCGAAGUCAAUGCAACAAGAGCUAGAUGAAGCUGCUCAAGAGUUACAAAAGAAGCAAAAAAAGGAAUUGGAGAAAUUAAAAAAUGAAUCAUUGACUCAAUUCGCUAUUAAGGGGUCUGAGGAAGAGUGGGGAAAAAUAUUGACGGGAAAAGGAAAGAAGAAUAUUAUCACAAUUAAAAGUGGUGAGAAACGUUUACAUGAAAGUAAUGAAGAGAUAAAAGAAGACCCAAUUAAGAAAAAGAAGAACAAAAACAAGAAACGAAAAAGUAAUUGAUUUUAUUAAAAUAAUAAAAAAAGUCUUUAUACUUGUGUAACUGAAUACACUUCAUUAUCUAAUUCAUCAUAUAAGACAAAAUAAACAUUGUAACACGAUAA